AUGUAUCAAAUAGAUGUUAUAAAUGAUUUAUUUAAUGAAAAAAAUGAAAAUAGUUUUGAACAAUUUAUUAGUAAUCACUUUCCAAAAGAGAAAGUAAAUAAUUUAUUGAAAAAGUCUGAGAUUUUUAAUCCAUUUAAUGAGUACUUCUCCCGUGGAAUGUUUCAAUGUUCAAGAAGUUAUAUUUCUUUUAUUGCAAAAAUGCAUGUUUUAAUAAAAGAUGUAUAUAAAACAUUUAAUAGCUGUCAAAAAAGUAUGUAUAAUAUAAAAUCAAAAGAUAAAGAUAAUGUAAAAUUACUUGAUGAAACUUUAGCUAAGUAUAAACUUGAUUCAGAAAGUAUUGCUAAAAUGGUUAAAGAGAGAAAGAUUGAAAAUGUUAAACAAUAA